CUUUUGACGUUUGCUUCUCAUUUGCGGCUGGCAUCCUUUUAGAGAUCGCUUAAUUCUAUAUAAAGCCCUAUCUUGGGGUGGCUCGGCUCAUGCAGCUUCUUACCUUAAAGGAGCGCAAGUGACUCGCCGCGCGUACGAAGGAACCGUCAUGGUCGCACGCAGAGGGUUGCCAUGAGCGCAGCGGUUGUCGAGACCUCCGACGAUGAGGAGCGGCAGGAAGGACAGGCGAUGCUCCUGGCGCAGGGCUCACAGUCAUGUACAACGUUGACUUCUAAGCCCUCGCGAAGCCAGCCGUCCUCCUCACCAAGCCAUGCUCGUCACCUCAGCAGGGACAGUAACAACAUCGGCAGCAGCACAGAGACACUUCCGCUCUCCUCUCAGCAGGUCCCCUUUGAAGAAACCACCAUGGCCGAUACCUUCACAUCGUCAUCUCCAGUACGAAGCCAGGUGUCUCAUGUGUCACCUAUGUGCGCCAAAUCGACAGAAUCAAAUGAGGGGUCAGUCAGCUCAUCCAUUGACGACAAGCCAAGGGACGUGGUUCGAGGCGUUGGCUCGGUCGAAGCUACCCAACGAUCUCCAUUAGUCGCAAGCGCGCGCUCUGCCCCGGCCACAACGCCAGCAGGAAUCAAACGCCGGAGGCUGGAUAUGGAAGUGGAGCGCAGCCGCUCAAGUCCAAGUGCUGCAAUCCGACUGCGGGCCGCAAGCGAAACUUUGAAAGAACUCAGCGACGACGAAAUGGAUCUCUUGGCUUCGCAGCGCGGCAAAGUCGAAUACUUUAACAGACUUUGGGUGAAAGGACAUGUGCAAGGGCCUCGACUCCUUUCUUUUGGAGUAGCCGAGGCUACAAAGCCAUUCGAUGCAUUCGAACUUUCUGAGACGAAAAGCACCCCCGCACCGGCUCAUUCACAACAGAGCGCUCUGCAGAAGACACAAGAACCACCGGCGAUGGAGCAGCCGAAACAAGGAGGCUCGAGCAGAGCUCCUGCCUUUAAACCCGUAUCUUCCCCCCCGAGCUCGGCAACAAGCUCCAUCUUGUCCGAACCUCCGUCUCCAAGCCAAUCUGCUUCAUGUAUCGCGCGGAAAACACCCCAAGAAACCGAGACGUUGCCGCCGCUUGAAGAUAUGCCUUCGCUUCUAUCCUCCCCAGCGCGCAGUCCCGAGCACCUUGAUCCACCAGAUCAAGAGAUAUCAGCAGCGCGAUCGGUGGGCUUCGAAGAGAUUCCUCCGGAAUUGCUAGCUCCGUCUCCACCUCGCCAACUGCAGCGCCGGCUGCGCGAGCGUAAAGCCGCUCAAUUGAAUCCAUUCACGCACGAGCAGCUGGUCUAUCAGAAGACCAUGCUGUCGCGCAACUGGGAGGGCGCUAUCAUCAGCCGCAAGGAGGCUCUGCGUGAAGAGCGAAGGAGGGUAAGAGAGGAGAACAAGGAUGUGCCUAGCAGCAAUGCGCCUGGUGCCGACUGGCUUGUCGAGGACCCUGAGCAGGAAGCGCGCAGAGAAAGGAGACGUAAGGAGAUGGAGAGGCGAGAGCUCCAGCAACGAAGCGCAGUCAGGGAGAAGACGGGGACGAAGCCCAAUAUCAGCAAUGUUCCAGCACUGGGCUCAUCGUGGACAGCCAACGCGCAGGAUGACCCUGCUCUUCAACCUCUUCUUGCAAGCCUUCAUUUGGAUAUCUCUGAAACCUCCGACGACAACGCGGGGGCUCGUGCCACAACUGCUGGUCACGGCAACAGGCUUACGCGGCCACAAAAUAAGAAAAAGUCGACAAGAAGAGCACGCGCGUCUUGUCCGAAUUCGGACAAUCGGAGCGAAAGGCCGUCGGCCGAAUCACUCGCCAGUAUUCAAAUACCAGAACGCCGGCCUCGGAAGAGGGCGCGCGAGUCUGCUUUCGAUCUUCAGUCGGCCAAUCGUGCGCUCUCGGAUGCAACCUCGUCGGCCGAAGAAGAACCCGAGGCUAGGUCCGCCCGCAAAGGGGGCAGACGUUCUGCAACCGACAGGGGCAACGGUCGACACCGAAGGAGCGCUCAGUCGACGAGCGAAUCCGACCCGGACGAAGAGGAAGACCUGGUAAGAAGGUUCAAGGUGUUGAAGAAGAUGAUGCCCAAGGCCAUGGCCAAAAAGUACAUCCAAGACUUGCAAGCGAUGCGAAAGGGUAAGCAAUACCACUCUGACGGACACUACUCGUCAACGCCAGAUCCGUCAGACAUUGAGGCUGCGCCGCGACGCGCAGUCCGGAUUGUGCACUCUGAAGUGGAGGAAAGGGACAGUAACGAUGAGAACGUAGUUCCUGGAGUUGCGCGUAGACGUCGCGUACAUUGCCAUGUGGAGGAAGCGUCGCAGUCCCGAUUCGACAUCGUCGGGGAUCCUGAAUCAGAGCAGAGGGAUACAGCGGACAGCGCGACCGAGCGGAGCUUCAGCAGUGACAGCGACGAUGACGAAGGGGUUGUUUGGCUAGGAGCGCGCCAACUGGACAAGCGCCAGCACUCCGAGGACCUCAUCGAUCGCAUGCUGAGUAGGGCGCAAGCGUCCGCGUCCGCGUAUGUAUCCAGGACCUCGAGACUCCCUUCAUCGAGGAAGACGAACGGCCGCAAGGUGAGCAGAGCAUCUAAUUGCGGAUCAAGGAAGACGAAAGAAUCGACCAAAAUGGCGGCGAAAGGCAAGAAUCGAACGAACGCGCCUCACAGCCGACCUUUGCAGCCAGUAUCCGUCAACAUUUUUGAUCAUGAUAGCGACAGUCAUUCGCAUAAUGACACAGAUUCUGGCAACUCCGCACACCGACGGGUCUCCAGCCGCGGACGCCACGAAUCCUCGAAGAAAAAGUCAUCGCGUCAUGUCAACGACCGACCCCGCUUCCACCAAUUUCGAGGGCCCAGGCAUGCAGGCUUCAAUCCUCCCAUCGUCAAUCCACGGCAACGCCGCUUGCUUGACCAUGAGAUGGACGCUCAGCUGUUCGGCGAAGCUUCUGUGACGCGCGAGCAGGACGAAACUUCGCGUACCGAGCUACCGAACGCUGUCUUUGUUGUGUUGGAUGACUCAAAUAAAGAUGACGAGCCUGAGGCUACGCAUACAGCAAGGAUGGAGAUCUCUCGGCAGGAUGAGCGGCCUGAGCAGCGGACAACAUUCGCUCAGCGGCAGCAAAGGGCGCGCGAAAUAGCAAAAGCAGCAAGCGUUUCGCGCCCACUGCAAAGUGCGACAAUCCUGCAGUUGCCAGCGGCGGAUCCAGAAGCGGUCACCAAGGCGAACUUGUGGGCAGCUAUUGGCGAGAUCCGUACCGAGUUGGGCAUCCCGGCAAUAUCGCAGAACAUCCGACUGGGCGAACAUAGCUUCGUUACGCGUGGAGAACUCCAAAGUUUGCUGGAAGAAGUCGAUGGAGGCGACACUGCCAUCAGUCGCCAGCAGCGCAGUGUUGUUUCCAGUUCUCAUUUCGGCCUAGGCUUCAAUGCUGACACAACCGUGGAGCAAGUCUUGACCCAAUUACCGACCUUCUUCGACUCUAUUCGCUCCCGCUGCGAACGAAUUUCUACUUGCGAACGCUCGGAUGCAAUCGUCCUCGUAGACCAAGUCCUGGAAGCACUCGGCUGCCUUUCCGCGUUUCUCAGGCACCACGCUCGCUCAACAUCUGCACCUGCAGCAUGCGAAUCUGUCGCAGCUCGUCUCGAGCACUUGUCGCACCGAAUACCUCAGGAGGCACCAGCCAAGUCGCAAACGCUGCGCUUGCGCUUGCAGCUCUCAUGGCUCCACUUGCAGGUCAUGGCACUUUGGCGGAAGGUGGCCCGUACGGAUGACGAUCACUUUGGAGAGGCUCCGGAUAUUGCUCUCGCUGCCAAGACACUCAUUUACUGGCUACUGAAACACGGUCUUCACAACACGAUGCGCUCGCUUAAGGAUUCAGUGGCGAACGAGAAGGACUCAGAGGUCGAGCCGAUCAGCGACGAGUCGAUUGAGCUUUGGCUCGCUCUAAUGCAUUUGCUCGGAUCAUCAUUCUGGGCUGUCUUCGAGGAGACUUUCCUUGCCUGGCUUGACAAGCUCCCAUCGGACCAGCCGCACGUGCGAGGCGAGAUGAUAUGGUUUGGUAUCUUCACCUUAUCGGCUAUCUCGCAGAUAUCUCCCAAAGACGGCACUGCGUUGACCGCACCAUUCUUGCAAGAGCACUGGCCCCUAGUCGGGACUGCAAUCACUUCUUCAUGCCUGCGGUACGACGCGUCUGUGGAGUCUACAAUGAGCGACCUCGCGUUGGAGCAACGAGAUAUCUACAUACACACGGUACUCAGACGAAUCAUGCACUUGACCUCAACCCUUCAUUGGCGCCUGUGGAGUAAGGAUCACAAGGACGGCGAAUCUCUUCUUCGACGAGUGUGCAAGACUAUCUUCGACGCCAAGGGAUACUACUUUCAGAGCCUGCCAAGCGAAACAGGGUACGACUUUCCUUUAUUCCUUCGCGCUUUCGACGAAUCACUGUUGGAACAAGAAGACGAAGGUCGACGAGACAGCAGCUUCCACAUGUUCCUUAAGCUGCUGAUCAGGUUCGGCAAGGAAGCGCAAGGCACAGGAGCCGAAAGUGAGAACCAUAUCCGUGAAACGUCGCGCUUCUUCCAUCGCCUGCUGCCGGUGCAAAGGACCAAAUUCGCGGCGGACCAAGCGCCUACAAAGCUGGAACUGUCGCGACUUUACAACCUCUACUCGAUGGCGACCGUCACAUUGUAUAUGGCACCUGAUCCAGGCGAGGCGCGGUGGCAGAUGCGUCGGGUUCAAGGCUGGCUUGAUUUCGCUCAAGCUGAUCACAGCGCUCAGCUGGUCUGCAUUCGUGCGGUGCAGUACCUCGGCGUUGUCUGUCAACAUCACCGUCUCGGUCUCGAAGACGUCGUCACAUGGUUCGAGGAGGUCGUCAGGAGACUGAAGGUCUCUCUUACGCUGGCAACAGGCGGCACCUCGGGCGACCUGAUGGCAGAUCGUCUGCGACAUCGACGAAAGGCCAACACCAGUCUUCUCUUGAAGGCUGCACUUCGCGCGUUGCGCAACGUCAUUUUGCACGCAUCUUUAGCACCCGAUGCACCUCCCGACAAGCAGCCCUUCCCAGAUAAACUACUUUUGAGCCCAGUCUGGACUGACGAGCUGCUCACGAGCCCUAUCGUGAACGAUGCGACCAUCGCACUGGAGGCUGUCGCAUGUCUGCAAGCAUUUCUCAGUCGUCGGCUCCGGCUCCUGGAGCAGCUCGAGACAAGGGUGCAGAUCGAGACUGGAGAGGACACACAAGAUAGUUGGGAUUGCCUAUGGAAAGAGGCGGAUUUCAACGACACGGCCUUGGGCGCCGUCUUGGAUGCAGCCGAAGCCGCCGCCGCCGUACCACCGCACGUCGCGUCCCCCUCUGCAGGCGCGCGAACGCUUGCAGAGUUCCAACAAAAGGAUCGGGAAUUGGCUCGCACGACGCCGGAGCGUCUGACUAACAUGCUGUUCUGGGUCGUGUCGAACCUGCUUCAUUCUGAACAAAGCGGGCCAACUGGCUCACGCAUCUCGCUGGGCAUCGAUGCAACAAUGGCUGGUCGAAUGCUGCGCAACGUAUCGCUCGAGGCGUUAGACGGCCUGUCGAAGCUUGAUGAGCGGCGCACGUUGCUCGAGCGCCUGCUCGACAGCUGGGCAGGUUGGGCGCACGUGCUGGUGCACAACGGCGUCCAAAUGUGGGAAGCGUUCAUCAGCACCAACAAACCAUCGUCCAUUCAGCGCCUUCCGGCCGGCCUCGACGCGCGGGACGCAUCGCUGCGCUUCAUGCUUAACAUGGUCGAUCUGGACCCGGCCGUGCUGCGGACGCAUACGCACGAGAUCGUCAAGAUGUGGUACCGCAGUGUCGGUGCACGCCUCAUUUCGGUGCAGGCGCCAUUCACUCGUGCUCUUGCAGAGGUGGAGCCACCCCUUCCAUUCUUUGACGGCGUGCUAGCUGCGCUGACCGUCGCCUGCGGCAGCAAUGAUGCGAGCGAAUCGACCGAGUCUGGAUACGCGCGGCAAACAGAGGCAGUCCAGGCACCAUCAGCGCCGAUGCAGCAGUCGCAGAUUCCUCAAACGCAGCCACAGGCGCAAACACUUGCAGCGACAGCGAGCAUUUCGCGCGUAAAGUUUCUCAAUAUGCGCGCUGCGGUGCUCCGUGUGACGCUGCGAAACAUGCGACAAGAGGGCCUGGUGAGCUCGACGGGGAAACGGCUGAUGCUGGAAGGCCUGCCGCAUCUGCUGUCUUCGCUGUGCGAGGAGGUGGACGCGCAGCAACAACACCAACCGCAGAGCGAGGCGGGCAAAGAUUACCUGAAUUUCGUGCAACAGAUCGCAGACAAGUUUGUCGAUGAUGUAGGAUGCGAGAUCUACGAGAGCAGAUGGUUUGGCUUCGUCAAGAGUCUGCUUGGUACGCUCCAGACGAAGCUAGCGCGGGCCCACGGCGGAGUGUGAUGCUGCCUCAUGUAUUUUUGCCGUUC